AUGGCCAAACCUGACGAAGCACAAGCAAAGAGGCACAACCGCAUGGACUAUCUAAAUCUGCGGCUACGCAGCUUGCGAAGCCAACUAAUGAUCACGGAGAGACAUCGCAACGAGAAGCUGAACCUUAAGUACAGGACCAUUGUCCACGAACUCUGGGUGUACGGAAAGGUCUUCCUUAUACAUUUGUUUUUAAAUGUGGCGCUGGACCGCGACGACCUGUACUACAACUACAAAUCUAUCCAAACCUUGAUCACGUAUAAUACCACCAGCACGAUUGGCCUAAGUCACGUGCUAUUUAUACAUCAGCUGUAUCCCUUCAUCGAACACACUCUGGUCAAUGCCUUCUUAUCAGAUGAUCACCAUAGUCUAAAUGCGAACUGGGUCAAUUCCAAUAGCACUAAGCUGCUUGGCGUGGUACGAAUGCGGCUGCUACGGAACACCGGAGAACAAUACGGCUUAAAUGAUCCGGAAUUCACGGAGAAGGAAUAUUCCCACGGCUGGAGCCCGUCUUAUUUUGACGAGCCCUACACCGACAAGUCCUGGUCUAUCUAUUUACCUUGGCUGCCGAUGGAGGAUAAGCACACUUUCUGGGAGAAAAUAUUCCUUAAUAUCAAACAGUACGGAUUCUUUGCAGCCUAUCCCGAGCUGAAAGGCUACGUAGUCACGCUACGGGAUAAGAAGAUUGACAGCAUAAAGGUGCUCACAUAUCUCUUCCAAAACAAUUGGCUCGACGGCAGGACCGCAGCUAUCUUCUUCGACUUCACGCUGUACAAUGUGGACGCGGAUCUUUUCAGUGUGUGCAGUAUUCGGUGUGAGAACUUGCCUUUCGGCAUUAUCCGAAGCAGCAUGGAUAUCAAUACUGUGUCCAUGACGAUGUCGGCGGAGACCGUUCCAUGGACUAUCUUCAUUUGGUUUAUUGCUUAUGUGGCUGUCUUGCUGCAGCUCGGAGUGGCAGUGAUUGUGCCCUUGUGGUUCGAGCCUAAGCGAUUUAAGAGCUUUUGGGUAAAAGUGGAUGUCCUGAUCCUACUUCUCAGCAUGUCAGUUUUAAUCAUGAAAGGUGUGAAGUCGGGCAUUACAACCAAGCUUUUGGCGUUGUUAGAGGUGGCCAGCACGCAUGAUUUUAUUGACUUUCGAGUACCGGCGCGCUUAAACGAUUGGGCCACUAUUGCGAUGGGCUGCCUCAUCUGCCUGGUCACCCUGCGUUUGUGGAAGGUCAUGCAGUUUGCUAGCAUCUUUCAAAUCUUUACGAUGACCCUGUCCUUGGCCUGGAGUGCUCUCUUCAGCACGGCCUGUGUGAUCUGCAUCUUAAUGAUGGCAUUCGGCAUUGUUAUGGUCUGCAUCAACGGCAACAACAGAAAGAACUUUAGGAGCCUGCUGCACGCGUUGGCCACCAUCAUGUGCUUUACUUUUGGCUUCAGUAGCCAUGUCGAUCCCGAAGAUCUCUUCAGCGGUGGCGAAUUGAUUGGCAUUGUGAUCUACACUAUAAUGGCCUUUACCAUCUCCAUCCUGCUAGUAAACGUGUUCGUGUCGAUACUCAGCAACUACUUCACCGCAGCCAAGGCAGUCCGCGAUCGUCAGCGCAAAGAUGAGAUCUCAUUCUGGGAGUUCCUUCGCGUCGAGUAUGCGGAUGCUAUCAGGAUCGUACGGGAAAUAUUUUUGCUCCAGCCCAGUUACAAGCGCAGGAACCGCACCGUGUCCGAGAACAUCAAGCGCAAACUGGAUCUUCAGGAACGUGCUAAUUCUUCAGCUCGACUCAAGAGGGGAUACGACUAUGUAGCUACACCCAGGUGGAAAUCUGUGAUUGAAUCGGAAGAGCAUGAGCACAAGCAGCAGGCCCUACACAGGGAUCGCAUUUCAAGGACCUACACGAUAGCAGCCAUUCUCCAGACGCAGUUGGAAAUCGCUGAGCGAUCUAUUUUCGGCGACAAGGAUGGAAAUCUUCGUAGUGAGUCGGACGAGGAUGAGGGACAGAUCUACGACUCCUUGCUAAGUGAGCUCACCAUCCUGAAGGAGAAGUGGACCAUCCAUCGCCGACGACCCUAUGUGCUCAGCGAGUUCACUGCCAAGUGGGAUGGUUCCGUGUAUGCCUCCAUAGAUCUUCCCUACAAGCGCAUCCGUCAGGAGGUGGAUCGCCACCAUUUGGCCCAGCCCAUCCUGCAGCAGUGGAAAUUGGACGUGGAAUCCGCUGCUCUUAAAUAA